AUGCCCAAACCAAAGAGCCUGCUAAAGGAUUUCAAGCCCAAGAAAAAGGCCGCAAAACAGGCAACCCCAGUCACGGCUGAUGACUUUCUCGCUGCCGGUGUGGAGCUAGAAGAAGCGGGUGAGAAAUGGCGCGCCGGGGAUGCUGCCAAGUCGAUGCGUUUCUUCAUGCGCGCAAUUGCCAAUUAUGAUGAUGGUUUGACGAGACAUCCCGAUGCCUUUGAUUUGGCUUAUAACAAAGCACGAGUGCAAUAUGCCAUCACUCAACACCCUAAACUAGCAGCCCAGCUACCGGCUCCACAAGCCGAGAUCUUGCAAGUUGCAUUGCAAUCACACCGAGAUGCCUUGGUGCUAGACCAGGAUAAUGCAGAUGUCCUGUUCAACAGUGGCCAGGUUCUAACUAGUCUGGCGGAGGCGAUUUCAGAUGCUAAACACCCCGCCGAGGAGCAAUUGAUGCAGGCUAGCACGUAUCUUCAAGAAGCGAUCGAACUGUUCCAGCGAUGUUUGGUCCUGCAAGAAAUGAAAUACACGGAGAUGCAAGAGGAGAUGGAGCAGAUGCAAUCUUCCACAGAUGACCAGGCCCAGCAGCAAGCCCCACCGCAACCGACAGAGGCCGAAGUCCAAGCCGAAUCCGAAGCCGGUGAUGAUCCCCAAGAACAUUGGGCUGCUAUCGUCGAACCCGUCACCAAGAAUACACUAGUCGAUACGGCCGUCGCGCAGCUAGACACAUUGACCGCACUGUGUAAUCUGCUCACUUCCAACCCGGGUGCUGGCGGUGUUGGCUGGGUACAAGAGUAUUCAUCGGAGCUUAUCCAAACCCGCCUACCCGCGUACAUGGAAGGUUCAGACAGACAAUACGAAGCAGCACUAUCGCGAGCGAAACUCGUCUGCGCGAUCCACGAGGUCCUAUACCGAGGCGGCCACACCGACGUCCAAACCUACCAGCAAGAAGUGGGCCAAGCAUUCGGAGCCGAAUUGGACGUAUCCGCCGACCCCGAAGGACUAUGCCAUAAAGCGGACGCCCUGACAUCCCUAAACACGGCAUUUGCAGAAGUACCCCCGCACGAGGAUCCUGAAACAUUGGCCCUUUCCAUCUCCACCCGCUGGUCAUCCCUUUCCGCAGCCCUGGAUGCCUUGACGGCUGCGACUAAACUACCAGAUGCAGAGAAUCUGCCGAAGAUCCACAUCGCGCGCGGGGAUGCGGAAAUGCAGCGGUGGCGGUUGGGGAGAGAGCCUUGGAACCACGCUCUGGCGAAACAGAAUGGCGCCAUGCUCUUGCGCAACGCACAGACGUAUUAUCGUGGAGCGGCGGCAUUGGCUCGUCGGGAUGGGGCGGCGGUGGAAGAGCGUGAUGGGUCUUGUAAGGAGGCAAUCGCUGCUGCGGUGGAUGGUCAGAAUACCAAGCUGCAGGAACUCAAGACUAGGUCUUUUGAGCAGGUUAUUGCUGUCGCGACGGAGAUGGUGGAAGAUGGGAUGAUCGAAGCCACGGAGAUGAGCGCCCUGAUCUCAUAA